CUAUGGUCUUGGUUUAUUGGUUUACUAUGGUAUAUCAUCAUAGUUCCUAUAUUCUGUCCACGCAGGCCGUUCCUCAGCUUCUGUCCAGCCAGCGGCUCUUUUGAGGCGAACCCUCCGUUCUCUGAGGAGCUCAUGGAUGCCAUGGUGACACACUUUGAAGAUCUUCUGGAGCGCUCCAGCGAGCCGCUAUCCUUCAUCGUCUUCGUGCCGGAGUGGCGCAACCCGCCAACUCCUGCCCUGACGCGGAUGGAGGCGAGUCGCUUUCGCAGACAUCAGCUGACCGCGCCUGCGUUCGAACACGAGUACCGCAGCGGCUCGCAGCACAUUUGCAAGAAAGAUGAGAUGUACUACAAGGCCGUUCAUGGAACAGCGAUCAUUUUCCUUCAAAAUAACGCCGGCUUUGCCAAAUGGGAGCCGACCGCCGAGAGAAUCCAAGAGCUCCAGGCGGCAUAUAAGGUCUCUGGUCGUUCCUUACCUUCACCCGGUCCAUCCUCCGCCGGUACCGGAGACAAAGACUCAAAACCGGUCCAGGAACGCUCCGCAACGAGUCAAGACAACAGCAGUCCUGUGGACAAGACUGCUCCGGACACAACAAACAUUUAACCCGCCGCUGUGCGCGUGGCUACGCUGUAUGUAUGUUCAUGGGAAAGAGUCUGUGAUUGUGUGAGAGAUGUAAUAUUGGGCUUGGAUCGGAACUGGACAUUUAAUUGUUCACGUGAGAAAGAUUCAUAAUUGUUUACUUUCUCCCGCCUUUAUUAUUUAAUAUUGUAUGUUUAAGGUUGUUAUGUUAGCCUAAUUGUUGGGUUUUAUAUUUGGUCACAGUUUUCGUUGUAUUUUUAAGCGAUGGUAAAUGUAGUCCGUGUAUAUGUUUAUUAAUCUUUUGUUUGGCCUUUGUUGGGUGAUCUCAUGAAGGUUUGUGUUAGAAUCCAAAAUCAGAAAAAAUUACAUUUUGCAUAAAAAAUUAUUUAUUCGGUACAAAUUCCUGUAAUGCAUCCGGAUGUUUCAUUAUUCGCUACAGGUUCUCAUUACAGUAAUACAGUAUUGUUUUAGUGUAUUACUGUAAUGCAGUGAUUAUUCAGAGCAAAAUAUUAUUCUUUUCAUUUGUUUUUAAAGUGAAAUAUGACCCAAACAUAUUUUAAAUAAGUUUAGUAAGAUUACCCUUUAACCCUUAUAGGAUUAUGAAUCUGUUAAUAGUGCUGAACGUCUGGUGCUUGUAUGUAACUUAAAAUGAUUCUGUGUGAGAAGAUGAACGGCGAUCAGGCAGCUAUGUUUAUGAUGACAUGCAUAAGCUGUUCGGGCUCUUGUCGCAUUUGUUGUUUUUUCAUAUCUGCAUUAGUUUGAAGAGAUACUAGAACACUUUUCAUGACCUUACUUAUUUCUCUUCAUGUCAGGUCUUUCUUUAUAACAAAAUAUAGGAAUAGAAAAAAACUCAGUCAGUCGAUCUAGUUUUCACUCAGCAAGUCAAUUUCUGUUUUGUUCCCGAAAUAUGUAUAGAAAACAAAAGCAAAUGUGUUGUUUAUCUGAGGGUUUUUUUCAGGCCUGUACCUUAAAGUCAUGAUGUAGCCUUCAAGUAUAGCGAGAGGAAAAAGUUAAUCUUAUAACUGAGAUACAUUUAGCCAGGUAAAAUUGGUUCUAAAAGCAUUAAUCAACAUUUUUCAGAUUUUUUUUUAAUCAAACUGCACCGUUUAUUGUUUCUCUACCUCUUAUUUCAGCUGUUUUAAGAGUCAAAGCAAUGAUAUCUGGAAAUUAAAUGCAGAAAAGCAAACUAGUAGCUUAACUUUCUUUAAAUGCAUCGGCAUCCCAUUAGUAGAAUUGGUUGCUCUUGCCUUGAUUUCAUGGUUUGGUUUAUGUAAAAAGUGCUUUUUUGUUUUUGUUUUCUAAUCAUAGUUUUUAUUUACAUGGGAACAAGAUUAUAUUUUUAUCACUGGGCAGCAUUUUGAAUGUACAUUUUAGAAAUAGGAAAAGAGAAGUUAUUGAUGAUUUGUUAAAUUUGUUGCUAUAAUUAGGCUUUUAAUGUUGCGGUUGGUAACACUAAAAUGGUGAAUUUUUUUGCCAUGCUAAAAUGUAUGUAGAAAUUAUUCGUAUCACUUUAUUGGACCCAACCCCUUCCAUAUGUAUAUAACUAUAGAUUUGUUUCUUUUUUCACUGGACUACAUUGUUGCCAAUGCCAAACUUGGUAAAUGACUAAGUUUAAUUCAUAACCCAGUAACACAAAAAUCCUAUUUCACUAUUCGUUCGAGCAUUGGGCACUUGUUGGAUUUCUUAAUCCCAGAGGAUUUUCUGUCACCAGCAAAACUGUAGAUGUUGUAUAGAACAUAAGUAUGAAAUUUGUUAUUUUCCAACACAGCUGUUUAUUUGAAAAGAAAAAGUGUAUUUCUUCAUGGCUUUUUUAUUUAACGUUUGGUUCUAAAUGAAUUAUAUGAAAUACAAGUUGUUUUAACCUAAACCAAAGUGUUAUUAAAAGAGAAGAAAUUUAUCUAAAAUCUUAAAUUGUGUACGACUGCAUUGGUAAUGCAUAAGGUGUAGACCGCAAAAACAUCCAUUUAUUUGUAAGGUUAUUUUUAUAAUUCUCUUUAGUUCUUUAGUUUCUUACAAAAAAGUAUGUUUGGGUUUUUCUUUUGCAUGACCUGAUAUUUUUCAGUACAAAAAAAUAUAUGAAUUGUACAGAUCUGUAUUGUUUAAUUACCUGUAAGCUUUUAACCUGUUGCAUUUAUCAGUCAUGUUGAUUGAUAUACAUAUACAUAUACAUAUAUAUAUAUAUAUUUGGUCUGCGUUGCGUUUGUUGAUUAUUUUUGUGUCUUAAAUGCCAUGAAUGUCUCCCCUGUAUCUUAUUCUGAUAAAGACAUAGAUUCAGUGAAUGUAAAUAUGUCUGUGCUUACAUCAUUGUUUCUUCUACCUGUAUAUUAUUAAUGUUGUGGCAUUUCUCAUUACCUGAAGUGGUAAAAAAAAGUUUUCCUCUAAAUCAGAAAAGCUCUCAGUAAAAUGUUAAAACCGUGGACCAU